AUGGAUUUUGCACGAAAACAACUAAAAAAGUAUGGCUGGACUGAAGGAAAAGGAUUGGGGAAGAAAGAAAACGGUAUAUCAACCGCCUUGAAGCCAAAACUUAAAUUUGAUAAUGCAGGAGUAGGCCACAAUGUUGGAGAACAGUUCACCAACAACUGGUGGGAAAGAGUAUUCAAUGAUGCUGCUGGCAAUAUAGACGUUGAAGUAGACGAUGAGGAUGUAGUCAAAAUGAAACUAAAAUCUGAAGAUUCAGUAGAAAUCUCUACAAAAAAUUUUUCCCUCAGUGCAUUGAAAAAGAACAAACAUCUUGAGUAUGGCUCUUUCCUGAAGACUGCAAAGUUGACUGGUAGUAGCAUGGAACAUUACAGUAGUGAAAAAGUAACUGAGGUACCAAAUACAUUCAAGUGUCUCACUGAUGAGGAACUAUUUGCUGCCUGUGGUGGCAGAACUGCUCACAAAGGGGCCAGGCAUGGGCUGAAACUGAGUGGCAAGCUGUCUAGGAUAGAAAAACAAGAAAAAAUGCUUCUCAAAAAAAUGAAGAAAGUGUCAUUAUCUGAUAGCAAUUUGAAUGAAAAAAUUUUUGCAGAAAAACAGUUGAAAAAAUUGAAGAAACAAAAAGAUGAUACAAUUGAAAAGUAUACUCCUAUCACAGAAGAUAGUAUGGAAAGUAUAUGCUCCAAUAGCCUGAAGAAGAAAAAGAAACGUAAAAGUGUUUCUUUCAAUGAGACAGUGACUGUCACCAAAAUAUAUACUGUAGAUCUUGAUACUAGCUUUGAGAGUGAAGUAGGUUCAGUUAGAGAUGAAAACAGUAAUGAGCCUAACUUGGAGCAUGUUGCUAGUGGAUCAGAUGAGGGUAUUGAACAAGAUAUAGAGAACAACAACAAUGUAGAAGACAAUCAUAGAAGUUUUGAAGUAGGACAAUUUAAUAUAAAUGACCUCUCGAAGGCAGAACGAAAAAAACUUAGGAAAAAAAGGAAACAUGAAGCAAAGAAACACGCCGCAACAGAAAUUUUUCUCCAGAAGCUCGAUGAAAAGGUCGAAGAAAUCGAGAUGAUUGGCGAUGCUGAUGAAAAAGACAUCAAUGUGAAAAAGAGGAAAUAUUUGGAGGAUAGUGAUUUUAGUAAUGAUAAAGGAUGCCAUUCAAAAACCGAGUCACCAGCUAGACAUAAGAGAAAGAAGAAUAAGGAGAUGAGAUCAAAGCAGAAAAAAAUAGAGGAAAAACAGAUGAAUUCAAUUAUGAGGAGUCUUGAUAGUGUUUGUCGUAUAUCUGAAAGUGAGUGA